AUGUACCGCAUAUUGAAGGAAACCAUUCCCCAUCUCGGUAUGUUGCCUAAAGCACGACCAAUGUCCUCGAGAGUUCCAUCGGAAGCUGGUGUCACAAGCGAAAAGUGCAAGCAGAAAGUAUGCGAAGAUCGUGCACGUGAUUUGGGGAUAUUCGAAGAAACGCUCCCGAAACGCUUGCAGGUGGUGAGUCCGCAGAUGUGGCGCCCGUGUCCCGAUCCGCCGAAACCGCGCCAAUUCAGCUGUGACGAUGUCGCGCUGUUGAACAUCCCACGCCGUAAGCGAGAUCCGGUGCUGAAGAAAACAAGCUGUACGACACCAGCACCCAGCGUCGAGGCACCGGAGUGCAUCAAAAUCAAGGAGGACCUGUGCAUGCGUGUCCAGGUGCCCGGCUGUGGCAAGGUGAAGUUUCCACCGAAAUGUGAGGCCGCACUACCGGUGCGCGAUUGCGUGAAACCGAAACCACCGGUACCGUCGUUUUCUGAGGCGUACAAAAAUCCGUUCCCACCGCUACCGAUCUCCGAAUGCAUGUGUUACGACGCGAGGAAAGUAUGCUAAAAGCGCUACGAUGAACGAAGAACGGAAAUAAAACAUAAUUUUAUUCCGCAGCCGAUUUCGUUCGGACCGAUUUCGUCCAAGUAUUUUUCUUUAUUUAUCUUUUUGCACGUAAGGAAGUAAUAGAAGUUGUAGAAAAUAAGUAUUGCAUGAAUUGUACAACCCAAUUUAUCAUGUGUGCUGCUUUUGUUCCAAGCAUGAAUUUUCUCAUUUGUACAAGCGUUUUCAAGUG